AUGAUCGAGGAUGCUCCUCCGCCCAUCGUCAUCGGCCUCGACGGCCUGAUCAAGCACUCUCUCCCACGCAUCGCCAAGUUCCGCAGUGCCGCAGCUCCCAUGACGAAUUUUGGACGGCUAUCGCCGUUUCUGAAGCGCCUUCAAGUCAGCGUCCUGCUUCUGGGCACCAUCCACCGCAAGAUUUCGCAAUACGAUACGAUGCCGGGAUCCGACCUAUGUGUCGGCAUCUGUCACGACAGCCUUGCGCAGACCCAAGGCAUGAUGGAAGCUGUGCUACGAGCAGACGACGACAAUGCGUACAAUGUCGGCAAAGGCGUGUUGGUUGAGAGACUGCCUGAAGAGAUUGACUCUUUUAUUACUUCUGUGGAGCUUUUGAGAAGCACGUAUCGGGAAGCACAAUACGAGUUUAUACUCCAAUCCAUCAAGGAGCUUACCGAAUUAAAGCGCGACUACUCCGAGCAUUUGAAAGAGUGCACGCGUAAUCAAGCGAAUGUGAAUAUUACAAACACGUCAAGCGAAGAUGAACAGACUUUGGACUCGGAUAAUGGAACGAAUCUGACGGAGCCUGAAGUAGCAUCACCGCCUGGUUCCUCGGAGCGAAAGUCUGAGGAAGAAAACACGACACAUGUAGAGGACACGACUAUGUAG